CGUUGACAGCUUUACGAGUGAUAAAGUGGAAUUGCUGCAAGACAGGCAGGGUCAAAGUAGUUCGUGGUGUACAACAGUCACAUUUAGCUUGGCGCAGUGAUUCAGUCAGUAAAUAAAUAUAAUUUUUACGCACCCGUCUGAUACAGGAGUUACUGUUUUCGUUGUGCCUAAUGCAGGCCAAAGAAGUGCUUAGUUCAACGACUGAGAAGGUGAUAAAAAUCAACCUGGAAGAUGUUGAAGCGAUGAUUCAGAAGAACCUAGAUAAAAUCCUCAACAACGAAUUCUACACCCAGGAAAAGGCACCUCAACUGGCGAGGACAUUGAUUGAAACCUGUCUAGAUAGUCUGGUAAAGAUGGGUAAACCUUAUAAGUAUGUUGUGAAUUGUACAGUGGUUCAGAAGUGUGGUGGAGGCUUAUUCCACGGAAGCUCUUGCUACUGGGACACUGCCAGGGACAGCACAUGCACCGUCAGAUGGGAGAACAAGACAAUGCAUUGUGUGAUGACUGUAUUUUCAAUUGCACUCUAAUUCGUCGGAAGAAAGAGUUUUCCUGGCCACUUGUGUCUUCCUCCCAUGCACUUCUUCUAUUCCGAUGUAACUGCCUAAGAUAAAAAUUCUUCGCCUUUGUGCUACCACAUUCGCUCUAAUAUUCUUUUAUUCUCCCUUGCAAAAUAUAAGUUUGAAGAAGUAAUAAA